CAUACGGGGUCGGGAAUGCGGCGGACGUGGUUCUGGCGACGUACCCUGGCGCUGGUGCUGCUUUUAUGCCUGGUGCUGUGGAUGUCCAUCCGUCUGUCCACCAACCACCAGCCGGCCUCCAUGUUAUAUCAUAGGUCGGUUAAGAAUCUCUAUUACUUGUCCGGGAGCACAACUCGUACAGAAACUCGACACAUUGAGAAAGACAUUGCAACUGGUAAGAGAUUAACUAAAAUACUCCGCACAGCUAGACGACGAGUAUUUGACUUUAACUGUGCAGCUGUCCUUAGGGGCGACUUAAAAGAAAUUAACAAAGGAAUGGAAAUUAUGGACAAAGAUGGGUUCGUGCGUGGUGGCAAUAUAUCAGACAUAUCAUAUAUCAAGUUAACAAAAGACUGUGAUAAGUUCAAAGAAUAUCGAGAUUACAGGAACUAUAUUCUCUCUGCGGAAGAGGAAGAGUUUCCAGUGGCCUAUAGCAUACUGCUUUACAAAGAGGUGGAACAAGCAGAACGGCUAUUGCGUGCGCUGUACACGCCGCGGAACGUGUUCUGUCUGCACGUGGACAUGGACGCGCGGCCGGUAGUUCACCAGGCCGUUCAGGGCAUAGCUGACUGCUUCCCGAACGUGUUUGUAGUCUCUCGGAAGGAAUACGUGGUAUACGCCGGCUUUACCCGCCUCCAAGCGGAUAUCAACUGUAUGCAGGAUCUCAUGCAGAGGAACAGGAAUUGGAAGUAUUUUAUUAACCUUCCCAGUCAGCAGUUCCCGAUUAAAACGACCAAAGAAAUAGUGCAAAUUUUACAAACAUACAACGGUGCUAAUGAUAUAAAAGGUCGUACAGGCAAUGGACGACUAGAACAUAGAUUCAAAUUUAGAUACGCUUAUAAACGAGUUGCAAAGGACCAAAUAAAACCGAAAAUAUAUAAGACAAACUACCAGCUGGUGGAUCCACCGGCGAAUGUGACGAUGGUCAAGGGAAGCGCAUACGGCGUGUUCAGCCGGGCGUUCGUGGAAUGGAUGCUCCAGAGUAAGGCGGCUCGGGAGCUGCUGGACUGGAUGCGGGACGUGUACAGCCCGGACGAGUACUAUUGGGCAACUCUGCAGUACAACCAGAACCUCGGCACUCCAGGUUCGCACUACUCAGGUAAGCCAGAUGAUAAGCCUUGGUUGGCUGUGCACGCCGGUUGGGGCGGAGUGGUCCCGUGCAAAGGCAAGUAUGUGCGAAGCGUUUGCGUGUUUGGGCUCGGGGACCUCGCGGCGCUCGUGCACAAGCGGCACUUGUUCGUUAACAAGUUCUUCCUGGAUUACCAGCCGCGUGCGCUCGAGUGCCUGGAGGAGUGGCUGCACAAUCGGACCGCAGAGCCCGCCCACCAACCUCUCAACCUAACAUACUACCGCCAACUAUCCUUCAUCAACACCGGCCGCGUAUUAUGAUGUUCCGUGUAUGUAUGUGUACGGUAUAUAACAUAUAAUGUGUAUAUACAGCGGUCACUGAGAGAAGCACAUGUAAAACGCCGCUUCCGGUGAUUGACUUUGAGUUGGGCAUGUCUCUCCUCGAACUUAUGUGUGGUAAUCAGCAUUAAGCGAUAACUACAUCUGUUUUGUAGUUCAGUAUGGAGGAGGUUAUCUCCCAUGGCACGACCAACGUUUAAUUAACAUGA